CUGCCCCCUCCUUGCCUGGCUCUCCAUGUCACCAUCUGUGGCACAAUCCUUCUCUGUCACUCUCCCUGCCACCCCCUCCUUCCCCUCCUUCCUUCCCUGUGCUCUCUCCCUGCAUCUCUCUCUGCAUCCCUCCCUCUGGCCCCUUCUCUGCUCUUUCCUCCUCUUUCUCUUCUCCUGUCACGCAUUUCUCAUCACUCCCCCUCAUUCUGGCUUUCCACCCACUCGCUGUCUUCUCUCUCUGUCUCUCCCUGUCUUUCCACCUCCGACCGACCCCCGUUUCCCCUCUCUUUCUAUUGGUUUCUUAUAGUCCUCUGUUCCUCAUUUCUCUUCUUUUCCUUGGGAGGUUUCUCCCUGCACCCCACCCCCAGCCUCCUGCCUGCAGACCCCCCCAUCUGUGUCCCUUCCCCCCACCACCCAGGACGUGUCCUGCAAUUGGGGGGGUGACGUACCAGGCAGUGGGAAGUCAGGGCCGGAGACCAGAUGGGAGCGGCUCUGUGGGCAGACGUGGCUGUGGCCGCUGCAGGCAUAGGAGGGGGCCCGGUCCCGCCAGCAGUCUAGAAGUGGGCACUGUGUGGGGACCCCAGCUCAGGGGUGCUCAGGGACUCCUGGGGACUGGGCAGGGAGAGGGGACAGCAGAAUGAUAACCAGCCUGGCUGCAAGGAGGGAAGCCCUCGCCCCAUGGGCAGGCCAAUAGCUGGCUGCUGACCCACCCUCUCUUGGCCAUGAACACCCCUGGCUCCCUUUCACUGCUGCCUGUGACCUCGGAACCCGGGAACACCUCGUCAGCCUGGCCCCCAGAUGCUGUCCUCGGAAAUGUGUCCGCAGCGUCAAGUGCGGCAGGUCUGGCUGUCAGCGGCGUUCUGAUCCCACUGGUCUACCUGGUGGUGUGCGUGGUGGGCCUGCUGGGCAAUUCUCUGGUCAUCUACGUGGUCCUGCGACAGACGGCCACCCCAUCGGUCACCAAUGUCUACAUCCUCAACCUGGCACUGGCCGAUGAGCUUUUCAUGCUGGGGCUGCCCUUCCUGGCUGCCCAGAACGCUCUGUCCUACUGGCCCUUCGGCUCCCUCAUGUGCCGCCUGGUCAUGGCUGUGGAUGGCAUCAACCAGUUCACCAGCAUCUUCUGCCUCACGGUCAUGAGCGUGGACCGCUAUCUGGCCGUGGUGCACCCCACCCGCUCAGCCCGCUGGCGCACGGCGCCCGUGGCCCGCACAGUCAGUGCGGCUGUCUGGGUGGCCUCGGCCGUAGUGGUGCUGCCCGUGGUGGUCUUCUCGGGUGUGCCCCGUGGCAUGAGCACCUGCCACAUGCAGUGGCCCGAGCCGGCGGCUGCCUGGCGGGCUGGCUUCAUCAUCUACACGGCUGCGCUGGGCUUCUUUGGGCCACUGCUGGUCAUCUGCCUCUGCUACCUGCUUAUCGUGGUCAAGGUGCGCUCCGCCGGGCGGCGGGUGCGGGCCCCCUCGUGCCAGCGGCGGCGGCAUUCUGAGCGCAAAGUCACGCGCAUGGUGGUGGCUGUGGUGGCGCUCUUCGUCCUCUGCUGGAUGCCUUUCUACGUGCUCAACAUCAUCAAUGUGGUGUGCCCGCUGCCCGAGGAGCCUGCCUUCUUCGGCCUCUAUUUCCUGGUGGUGGCCCUGCCCUACGCCAACAGCUGUGCCAACCCCAUCCUUUAUGGCUUCCUCUCCUAUCGCUUCAAGCAGGGCUUCCGAAGGGUCCUGCUGAGGCCCUCCCGCCGUGUGCAAAACCAGGAGCCUCCCGUGGGGCCUCCGGAGAAGACGGAGGAGGAAGAGGAGGCUGGAGACGGGGAGGACCAGCACGCGGGAGCAGGGAAGCAGGGGGACUGGAGGGAGAUGAACGGCCGGGUCAACCAGAUCAUACAGCCAGGUCCCAGUGGGCAGGAGCGGCCUCCCAGCAGCACCACCAGCAAGGAGCAUCAGUUCCUACCCCAAGAACCCUUGGCUGGGGAGAAAUCCGACACGCUGCACAUCAGCUAUCUCUAGGGGCCUGUGGAGGGCCAGCGUAGCCCGAGGAAUGGGCAGAGACUGUGGGUGCGCCUAGGGUGUGCCACCCGAGGUAGUAGGGCCCGUGAUGGAAUAUUUGGAGGCCUGGGCCCUAAUCCCCUUGCUGUGUGACUUACUGUGUGACCUCAGAUAGGUGGCUUCCCCCUCUCUGGGCCUUUUGUUCUCCUCUGUGACUCAGGGAUGGGAGACAGCGGUCUGGAUGAGCUCUAUCCGAUAAGUCUGGAGGGGCAUCACGGCUGGGCGAAUCUUCCUGAAUAGGGUCAGGAUAAGGGGAGGGGUGGAACUUCCCUGGCGGCUCAGGGGUAAAGAAUCUGCCUGCAAUGCAGGAGCCACAGGAGAUGAGGGUUCGAUCCCUGGGUCAGGAAGGUCCUCUGGAGGAGGGCAUGGCAAGCCACUCCACUAUUCUUGCCUGGAGAAUCCCAUGGACAGAGAAGCCUGGUGGGCUACAUUCCAUAGGGUCGCAAAGAGUCAGACAUGACUAAAGCGACUUAGCACGCACAGCACAAACAAGGGGAGAGGUACAGAUGGGCUCUCCCCUUCAGAGACAGAGCACCCUAUAUAUUGGCCCUCAGAAGGAUAAACCAAGGCCUUGGAUUUCCUGGGCUCAGUCAGGUUCACAAAAGAGGGAGUGGGGCCCAGUAUUCACAGGGGUCAGUACUGCAGCCCCAAAUGGGAGGAAGUCUCCCCUGGUAGGGAGAAGGGGUGUGAGACUGCCCAGGCACCACAUCAGCUCUGCUCCUCUUGCUGCAAGGCUGAGGGCCAGCCCUUCUCCUCUCUGGACCUCAGGUCUCACCUGCUGAACAACCCGAUAACCUCCAGGCCUUCUUGGUCCAGAUGGUCAGUGCCGGCUGUGUUCCUGGACAAGAGAAGAGGCCGAUUUUCCAGGAAGCUAAUUAAGUCCAGCUUCAGAGUUCCUGACUGCUUGGGUCCUUCUGAGGCUCUGAGUCUAAUUUUGUCUUUGUAAUGUUGUAUUCCUUUUCUUAAACAAGGACCCCAUAUUGCACAGGCCCCUCAAAGGCUAGUUCAGGCCCUGUUGGGGGCAGCUUACCAACCUUCAAAGCAUCUUGCUUUGUGUCCUAUGGCUGGAGGGGGUCUCGGGGUUUUGAGGGCUCAGGAGCCUUCUCGUAGGAGAAAUUCUCCCUGCUUCUCCCCUCUCAUUGACUAAGUCAGGGACCUGGCCUGGGCAGACUGACACGGAAAGGCAGCACGUCUAAAUAGAACUGAAAGGAAGAGGAAUAAGAGGAGGAGGCAGAGGGGAAGAAAAAGGAGGAAGAGAAGGGGGAGGGGGGAGGAAGAAGAAGUGAAGGUCAGAUCUGUCUCAUGACCUUGGGGCCAACCUUGGCCACCCUGGGCUGACCUCAGGGGCAACAUCAAUGAAAUUGGGUUGCCAGUCAGUGCCUGGCCUGAUCAAACUCAAGGAAAGGAUGCCAUCAGGGUGGAAAAGCUAAUGUCCUGAAAGGUAUGGGGCCAGCAACCCCUGAGGGCCUGCAGCACGCUGAAGUGUUGGGCCUUAAUGGGAGCCCAGGAGCAGAGCUGAGAAGCAGGGCCUGGCUCCCCGGAGAGGUUGGGAGGAGUGGUGCAGCCCUGGCAGGCUGGGGAGCAGGCCUCCUGGUCUUUCACAUUCCCCAGGUCCAGGUCGGAAAGGCUCAAGGAAGAAAAGACUGGAGGAGGCUGGAGGGAGACCAUAGGGAGAGGCUCCUGUCCAAGAUUGGGCUCGGGCUGGCCUGGAUUCCCUCCCCGAGAUGACCCCUUAGAGCCACAGUGAGACUGGUUCUGAGGAGAGUGGCACCUCUUGCUAAAUCUCCCAAACCCCACCCUUCAGAAGGUAGGGGGUCCUCAGAGAAAAUGUGGGAACCACAACCUGGGAGACCUCCAGAUCCUGUCCAGCCUUGACCUCUCUGGGCCUCAGUUUCCCCUUCAUAAAAUGGCAGUGGUUGUCCCAGUUUGCCUGCCUCCUGGGAUUUGGGAAGAAAAGGAGUCAUCUGGGGUAAACUGCCAUGUACACUGCAGUGGGUGAGGCUGGGGCGUAACAGAUUACAGAGUGGAGGCAGCCUCCUUCUUUCUCAUGAAGUGGCUUCUCUGUCUUCCAGUCCUUUGGGGUAAGGACACUACAGGAUACAAGGAAGGGAAGUUGAGGUUCAGAAGCCAAGAAUCGGGGGGCAGGGCUUGGGGAAGAGUGAGGCCCCAUCAGGGGGAAGGAAGUGUACAAAACUAGAGCUUGUACAGGGGUUGGAGGCUGGAGGCCCAGUCCCCAUUCUAGAGCUCCCCUGAGGAGGGUCUGGGGUCUGAGGGAAGAGGACCCCUGGCAUUCUAGCAUCUCCUGCUUUCCUGAUUCCUGGGGCAAGUGAGCCACUUCUAUAAGGGUGCCUGAGAGGCCCUAAGGAAAAUUCUGACCCAAACUCUUGUCAAUAAAGUUGGUGACACAUGACGACUGGCCUGGGCCAACUGCUCUGACUAGCACUGUGUUUUAGAUUGGUUUGCCUGAGUGGGGGUGUGGCCAUGCAUGCCUUUCUAUCAGGAUACUCCUUCUCUCCUGUCUCUCAGCUCUGCAUGCCCAGGCCUCCUUGUGUAUUGCCUUCCAGAGUCCUGGUCCUCC